AUGUACAGUACUGCCCCACCUCCCCCUAGAGAUGGCACACAAGCCCCUCUUGCUGGAUACGGUUAUGGACUUCCACUCUCUCGUCUCUAUGCGCGCUACUUCCUUGGUGAUCUUUUCCUUGUUUCUAUGGAAGGAUAUGGAACUGAUGCUUGCAUAUACAUGAAGGCAGUGCCGAUAGAGGCUAGUGAAGUACUUCCCAUAUAUAGCACCUCGUCUCGCAGAAAUCUAACAAUGGGACCGCAAGUGGCCGAUUGGUCUCACAACUUACCUGGACAAGGAAUGAGACCUGGAUAA